GAUUUAUGUAGUGUAUUUUUAUGCAUGAGGCGCGUGUUAUUUGAGUACUUUUGCAUUAGAAUUAAAUUAAUGUAAAACUUAGUUUUUUCGCAGUAUUUGUUGAAAGUAAUCUAUUACAGAAGACACACAUUUAUCAUGUAUAAUAACUUCAUACGAAUAGAGAAACAUAACACAAAUAGCAUACAUUAUAGAAGAAGUACGUAUUCUCUUCUCAGUCUGUCUUCAUUUGCCAUCUCUCUUUUGAUUGAUGUAAGUUAAGAGUAAAGACUCAAUGACAGUAGAUAGCGUGAGUCACUUUGCAUUGAUAAGAAGUAGUUGCGUGUGAUACGAGAAAUUUUCAAACUUAUUACAUACUUGGAAAGAAGCGGCAGAUGAAAAAGAAGUAUAAAAUGUUUUAAAGUCGUAGUUAAUUUUUGUGAAACGAAAGACGAAACACGUAACUUUUGCUUAGAGACAGUGCUUUCGCGUAUUUUUCACAACGCAAUUGUGAGAUGAAUAGUGUCAGGAUUAACGGGGAAAAUCGAGAAAGAAAUGGACACGUGCUUAUAUGGGAGCAGUCUGGCCUGGAAGAAACAGACAGGCAGGCGCCAAAGCAAAGAGCAAUGGUGGGGACACGUCACGUAGUCACAUUCAUGCUCUUCCUGGGCAUGGCCAAUGCCUACAUAAUGAGAACAAAUAUGUCAGUAGCUAUAGUAGCGAUGGUGAAUCACACGGCAAUUACAGAAAGUCAUAUUGAAUACACAAACGAAUGUGGUGAUGACAGAAGUAGUAAUUCGACCGAAAAUAGCAGUAGCGAUGGAGAAUACGUAUGGGAUAGCAAGAUGCAAGGCUACCUACUCAGUUCAUUCUUUUACGGUUACGUUAUAACGCAAAUACCUUUCGGGAUCCUUGCUAAGCGCUAUGGAUCUAAAUACUUUCUUGGUAUUGGAAUGCUAAUCAACUCUGUGUUUGGUUUGCUGGUUCCAAUAUCGGCGCAUUGGGGCUUCUACUGGCUGAUGAUUGUACGAUUUAUCCAAGGCCUGGGAGAGGGUCCGAUCGUGCCAUGUACGCACGCUAUGUUGGCCAAGUGGAUUCCACCUAAUGAGAGAAGUCGAAUGGGAGCUUUCGUCUAUGCUGGAGCCCAAUUCGGCACUGUGAUAUCUAUGCCCUUGAGUGGACUACUUUCUGAAUAUGGAUUUGACGGUGGAUGGCCUUCAAUAUUUUACGUCUUCGGUGCGGUUGGAACGAUAUGGUGCAUAGCAUUCUUGAUUAUGGUACAUGAAGAUCCAGAACAACAUCCACGUAUUUCUGAUGAGGAAAAGAAAUAUAUCCUCAGUUCCCUCUGGGGUCCGGCAGGAGCUACAUCACCGCCAGUCCCUUGGAAAUCGAUCGUCACAUCUUUACCUUUCUGGGCCAUUUUGAUCGCACACAUGGGUCAAAAUUAUGGUUAUGAAACUUUAAUGACCGAACUACCGACAUUCAUGAAACAAAUUCUUCAUUUCAAUAUUAAAUCGAACGGCACAGUGUCUUCUCUGCCGUACUUAGCCAUGUGGAUAUUUUCAAUGGUAAUAUCUCACAUUGCUGAUUGGGUUAUAUCCAGUAACAAACUUGAUCACACGAAAACUCGUAAAAUUGUUAACGCUAUCGGACAGUAUGGACCAGCAUUCGCCUUAAUCGCAGCCUCGUACACUGGAUGUGAUCCUUGGCUCACAGUGGCUAUUCUAACUGUUGGAGUGGGAUUGAAUGGUGGAAUAUAUUCUGGAUUCAAAGUAAAUCACUUGGACAUUUCGCCAAGGUUCGCUGGAGUUUUAAUGUCAUUCACAAACUGUCUGGCAAAUCUCGCUGGACUCCUAGCACCUAUUACAGCAGGAUACAUUAUUGUUGGUCAGCCUACUCAAGCAAAAUGGAGAAUUGUAUUUAUGUUGUCAGCAGGAGUUUACAUCGUCUGUGCAACGUUUUAUCUAAUAUUUGCUUCUGGCAAACGGCAGGUGUGGGACAAUCCGGACAAAGAUGUUAAGGAAAACAAGAGUAAUUUAGAAUCAGUAAAAGCAACAAAUGAGACUCAGCAGUGACAAAUGUAUUACGUCAAUGAUUCUUGCCAUUAAUUAUUAAAGCGUUUUUUAUUUUGUUAGAAUCCGGUUUCAAAAAUCCCUCGCCAAUUGGAUACCUCAAAAGAAACGUUUAUUAAAUUGAUGGAUUUGUGGAAUCGGCUCUAACGUGUCACAAAAACAUCUUUCAUGCUUUAGUAUUGCAUUUGUUAAAUAGUUGAGUGCACGUAAAGAACAUUAAAUUUUUGUAGUCUUCUACAAUAUUACAUAUUUAUUAUUCAUCAAUUUUAUGCUUUCAGUUAAAAGAGAUUUCCAUUUGUAAGAGAAAUAUAGGCAAUAAAUGCUCAGUAAAUUUAGAGUAUUAUUUGGUCGAUUCCAAUGUAGGAUUUUACUUUUGCCAAAGAUUUAAUUCGUAAAAAAUGUUAUUUUUCUUAAUACUUAAGAAAGUGAAACUUUGAAGAAACUUUUAACUAAAGUUAUAACUUAAAGUUUCGAAAAUUGUUAAUCAAUUAUUUUUGGCUGCUAUUAGUGUCCUACAUGGAAAUUCAGAUUCAUAUACUUCAUGUACAUAUACUAUAAGUUUUUGUAAAAAUAUAACUUUUUACUGAGAUUCUAUUCGCUUUUAUCCGAAUAUUGUUACUGCAAAAAUUUAAAAAUCCGAAUAACAAAUUCUGCAUGCAUUUGAUACUAUUGAACAAAUGUGGAACUGAUGAAGCGUUAUUUCAUUUUCUUGAUGGAAAAAUACAGCAAUUUUUGUUAACACAUUAUAAAAUUUAUAUAUUGUAUAUUUUUUAUUAUUAAAUUUUGAUUUCUAGUUAUUUCAGGGUAAGAAAAUUUAUUUCAAUCUUUAUUUCUGUCUUUCUUGAAUUUGGGCUAUUUGAGAUUUACUACAAAAUAUAAAUAGUGUCACUGAUAAAACCGUUAAUCUUGAACAGAACGAAUUCAAUACACUGACUUACAUUUUGAAAUAAAACUUUUUUUCCGUGUCAUUCAAAGCCUUUGAACAAAUUUUUUUACUAGUUUUUUAAAAACUGUUUUUAAUAAACUUAUCACUUUCGCCAGAAAGGAAAAUCUAUUAUUUGUGAUUCACUUAGUUUACAUAGAUGUCAAACUUUAUAUUCAAAAUUAUGUUAUAAACUUUUAGUUUAAGUUUAAUGAAUCUUUAAUAUUAUUAAGCUUCAAUGCCGAUCAUAUCUCAAAAAAGUGAGGGAAACUAAAAAAUUUUCUAAAGGAAGAAAUUUCUAUUUUAAAACGAUUCAAAUUCUCAAUACAUUUUUCGUACUUCUGCUCAUUUCGAAGAAAAUUUAGUUAACCAUUAAAGUGAUAUUGAAUAUUGAAAAUAUUCAAUUAAUGUGUUGAUAGAAAUACGUAUUAUUUUCCGCAAUGGAUGAGUAAACGUUUGAAAUGUAUCAUUUUCAUUCCCCACUAUUUUUUAAGGGUUUUAAGGUGCUGUCGAUGGCAAUAAUUUGUGACGUGAAAGAUUAUUAGAAUAUAAGAGUAAAUUUCGAAUGUAAGGAAAACGGAAUCAUCGGAACUCUUGUAUAUAUAAGAGAAAUUGUAACAUCGAAAUCGUUAAUAUUAUAUCAAAAAUUGUUUUUUUCAAAUUGCAAGAAAUUGGUAAAAAUUUAUUUCAUAUAGUUUACUUUCGGCUAUCAACUAUAUUGUGAAAUUAAUACGUGUCUAAGAGAAGCAGAACCACAAAAAAUUGUUGAUUAUAAACAAUAUAUUCAUAACUGCAAUGAAAAUAAAUGUUUUCUGCAAAUUAGAUCUAAACAAUGGUGCAUUUGUAGAAAACAAUUAAAUAAUGUCUUGAAUAAAGGAUAGAUUUUUAAUCUUUUGCUGCCAUCGAAUCUCCGAAUUUUAGUAGGCACAAAUUCUUAAAAACGAUAUUUUUAAUAAAUCAAAAGCGUUGGCACUGCUUCUUCUUAACAUGGUCUUAAUUUUCUUUUUUGUAUUUAUAUAAUUAUAAUUUUAUUCGUUGUUUAAGAAUGUUAAUUUAAAAGUAUGUGAUAAAGUUCGAAAAGUCUUGUGAGUGUAAUGUGCCUUUUAGGAUAUAUAAUAAAAUUAUACGACGUA